GGAGCAGUUUUCUCUCCGGUCCGCGAGGGGAGCCUUCUUGCCUUUUUUUCUCUCCCAGCGACAUCCUUUGCCUCGCCUGGGAAGGAGCCGGAGCCUGGGUACCACCGAUUAGAUCCUCAGGCAGGGAUGUGCUGACCUCGGGAAGUGGAGCGCGGGGCGCCUCCUGGCCAACUCUUGGGGCGCUUUGCUUCCAUCCCUCCGGUUGUUUUUUUUCCCUUUCUUCUUCCGAUCUCUCCUUUUUCGCUCCGAAAAUCCAACAGUUGUAAAAGACUAACUGUUGAUCGCUCCAGCAAGGCGAGGCGCGGAGCAAAUAAACCGCAAGGGUUGUGGACGCUGAACAUAUUUUGGCCAUGGACGUAUUCAUGAAAGGAUUUAAUAAAGCUAAGGAAGGAAUGGUAGCAGCAGCAGAGAAAACCAAACAAGGUGUGGCGGAAGCAGCUGGGAAAACAAAAGAAGGAGUCCUCUAUAUGGGAUCAAAGACCAAAGAGGGCGUGGUUCACGGUGUCACAACAG